GAUCAACCUUUUUUGUUAAUUAUUAAACAUAAGACGAACUUUUCUAUUGCAUUCAAAGAAAACAUUGCAAAAGUGAAUAUUCUAAUUAACAUUUGACAAAAUCGUAUAGAAAUUAGUAUGCCAGGUUACCAUGAUCCUAUUCAGCAUCAUCGUCGUCUAAGUUCUUUUUCCUUGGAUGCAAUUGAAGAAUAUUUUGCGCAACUGAAUCCGAUUGCUAAACGUAUUGCGUACGACAUUAAUGAUACGAAAGCUAAUUAUGGCCAACUAUGGGAUACCUUGGACUACCAUGAACAGAACGAUAUAAUAAAUGAUACGUUGAUUAAGCCGGAAAUUUCCUUACGGUAUUUUGACAAUUUUUUAACACCCACACCUACCAAUUCAUCGGGAAAUAGUUAUCAAUCGUCUACGGAUUCGUUAACGGCCAUAGUAUUGAAGGAUGUUGGCACAACUAGAAAUUGUGUUGGAGAUAGGGAGGAAGGAGACAAGAAAAAAAUUACAACGUUGAAACCUUAUGGUGGAAAGUAUAACCCGCAUGGCAUUAAACAUUUUUAUUCAUAUGAUGGACGCAAUUUGCAUACAUUUGGAAUGCAAAAAGUGGCUUUAAAAGUUAUACAGGAUGAUGCUUUAGGAUGUUUUCGCGACGAACAUUCACUUCCAUUCUGUUAUAGAACUAAAUCCCAAAUUAAUUUGUUUGUUUUGCAACCUAUUACUGAUUCAAUGGCAGCUCGCAAGACAAUUGUUCCCAGCAAGAUUAUAGCAGCUCCUUCAAAGACUAUGGCUUUGAAACCACGAGAAGAUUGCUCUCCAGAAGAUGAGGAGUCCAAGAAAGCAUUGGAUAAUUAUCAUCGCUUGCAACAUCAAUUAAAAAUGAAUCUUAACGAAAAGAAAUCUCAAGAUUUACAAAAAUCAUCUUCAUCGUAUGUAUCAAUAAAACCUAGUAGUAUUUCAGCGAACCGCAAAAUUAUAAAAUCUCCCGAUACUUCAUAUAAAUUAGAGAAUAAGGAUAACAAAAUAUCAUCGAAUUCGAAAAAUACAAAGUCGUCAUUGCUGCAAAAUUACAUAAAUUCAACCCAAAUCAAUGCAACACCAAAAAUAGGAGUUAACUAUGCAGUAUUCUCCGAUUCUUAUAACACUGCUGAGGAAAGUUCUAAUUUAUUGCAACAUUGUGGUCAGAGUGAUCUAGCUACAGCUUCUUGCUCUUCGGCAGCUACAUCGGAUGAUGAUGAAAAAACGUUAGAAGCAGAGGAUGUUCAUUUACUUGAUAAUGAUUCAAACAUACGCAAAGGAUUUGAUUUUCUUAAUAAUUGGUAAAAUAGAUAUUCAAAUGGCUGCUUAAAUAUUAACCAAUAAUUGCUGCUUUAUAGUAAACUAGACAACACUACUGUCCCUUAUUUCAAAACUUUUGAUAUUCAUAUAUUACAAAAAGACCCAGCGACAUAAUUCUAAUAUAUAAUAGACUGAACUGAUUUUUUUAAAUUUUAAUAAAUAACACAUAAUAUGAAAAUA